GUGACAAACAAUAUGUCAAUAUGGUGCAACUGCAGUUAUAAAAAUAUCGCAAAAUAUAUAGAUUUAUAAUGUAUAUUUCGCGUAAGGGACAAUAAUUUUGAUGCUUUUAUUUAAAUAUAUGUGGUAAACGUACAAUAGUGAACAUUAAGCGAUAAAAUGGACGACGUAACUGUACCCUUGAACUUGGAGCCCAUGCAGCAGAAUGGAGUGAGCGACAGGAGACUAUGGAUUGGAAAUCUGGAUCUCAGAGUUAAUGAGUAUCAAUUAUUGAAAAUGGUCCGUGUGUACGGAAACAUCGAGAAGUUUGACAUGCUUUUCCACCGGAGUGGGCCUAAUGCAGGCCAGCCACGAGGCUUUGCAUUUGUCACCUACAAGCUACGGAAGGAUGCCAUCACUGCGAUGAACUCACUCAGUGGCCAAUUAUUGGGCUCCAAAAGAAUAUGUGUGAAGUUCGCCAAAACAACUUCUGACGAUCAAGAUAAACCGAAGCCAGAAUUGGGCAUACCAGCACUGGCUGGUGCGAAGCCAGAAAUGAAACUAAGUAAGAAGACUGCUAUCCAAUCAAUUGAAGCUAAACUCAAGAUGAUGGAGAAUAUGAAUGCAGGUGAUGAUUUUGUAAUCAACAAAUUAGCAGCAAACGAAGCACCGGUGAUUGCUCAGUACCAAACGAAACAAUAUCAUCCAACAAAUAAAACCAUCAGUACAUUUAAACGGAGACAUCCAUAUCAUAAAAAAAGAUAGCUGCAUUUUUCCGGAGGGUGGAAAUCUCUUUACGGUAUUAUUUGAUAUUAGAAGUUAAGUGUACUGUUCAAAAUAUUUUUAAAUUAGCCUUUAGAAUAUAGACUGGAGUUGUUCUUAAUGUUACCACUUAUGCAGUAAUUUCAUGUUUAAAUAAAAUAUAUCAUAAAAACAUUCUCUAUGCUAUUUAUAAGUAUAUUAAUAAUUUGUUUGCAUUCUAAUGGCAAUUUUAACACUAUAAUGACCAAAUAUUUCUAUUGCUUUUAUUUGACAAAAAUUUGAGCUUUAUCUUGAGAAUUGAUAUAGAAGCUUGAUGAACUCUAACAGUAAAAUUCUUCUCCAAAUUUACUUCUUUAACUUUAGAAGUAGGUUUUGCCUUUUAAUAUUACAAAUUAUCAAACCGUGAGUGUGUUCAUUAGAUUUG